AUGAAGCUCGCCUCGAUAUAUCUGGAUAAUUCUGCUAAAGGUGUGGAGAAACGCGCUGAUGGGAUUCUAAAUUUCGGUGGUUUGAGAUGUAGCGAAGAUGGAUGUGAUUUGCAAGGUGGGAUGUCUUUUGCUCCAGGAGAUCUGUGGUUGAUUUCAGCACCAAAUGAGGGCUCUCCACAGGAAACAUGGGAUAAAUUGAAUCGGACAACUGGCAAUAUGUCCGUCAACUAUAAAUUCAAUGUACCUGAUCUGAAAGUAGGGACUUUGGAUCAGUUGGUCGGUUUAUCUGAUGAUUUGGCCAAAUUGGAUAUUGCUGCGGAACAGGUAACGCGGAAAUUAACACAGUACUUUGCUGAUGUUCUGGAAGAUGAACAGGAUAAAUUGCAGGAAAAUCUUAUCGUUAGUGGUAAAGACGUGAAAACUUAUGUUACCAAAUUCCAGUGGGAAGGUGCAAAAUAUCCUCUAAAGCAAUCUCUGAAAGUGCUCAGUGAUAUCAUUGGAAAGCAAAUCACUCAGAUUGACAAUGAUUUGAAGACGAAAUCCACUACCUACAAUAAUCUUAAGAAUAGUCUUGCGUCAAUCGACCGAAAAGCAACGGGCAGUUUGUUAACAAAAGAUUUGUCAGAAAUUGUGAAGGCUGAUGAUUUUAUCCUCAAUUCAGAGUACUUGCAGACGUUACUAGUGGUUAUACCAAAAACAUUAGUGAAGGAAUGGCAACAAAAGUAUGAAACAUUAUCUGAUAUGGUAGUGCCUGGAUCAAGCCGCUUAAUUAUUGAAGAUGGUGAACAGAUGUUGUUCUCUGUUACACUAUUCAAAAAAGUGAUUGAUGAAUACAAAACACAUUGCAGAGAGAACAAAUUCAUUGUGCGGGAUUUCGUUUACGAUGAGGAAUCUUUGAAAAUAGGUCGUAAUGAGCGCGAUAAGUUGGUGCAAGAGAAACAACGUCAGUAUGCCCCACUUGUUCGAUGGCUAAAAAUCAAUUUUGGCGAAAUUUUCUCUGCCUUUGUUCAUGUGAAAGCAUUGAGAGUGUUUGUUGAAAGUGUUCUCAGAUAUGGUCUACCUGUAAACUUCCAAGCAACGGUCAUAGAACCAAGUAAGAAUUCGCAUAAGAAAUUACGAGCGUCACUUCAUAAUCUUUAUUUGCAUUUGGAUACAUCUGCCGCUGGUCCGAUUGAGGCUAUCGAAGAUAAUCCAAUAUUGAUGUCGUUGGGUAUGCAUGACUAUUAUCCAUAUAUGUGGAAAGUCGAUUUCGAUGAUUUAUUUGAGGUAAUACCAGUUUCUUUUGCAGUAGGUUUUGAUGAGAAUUAUAGCAAUAGCCGUAGAUAUGAAGAGAAUGAGGUUGUUGCUGCUCUCUUGUUUGGCAGUGUUUCAUUGACGGACAUAACAAACGUUUUGUUUGGCUGUUUAUCAGAUUUUAAUGCAGCAUUGGAUCUGAUACGUUUUAUUGAAAGUUCGUUACCUUCAAAUAUUACUUUUCUUGGCGUUAUAUCCCUGGUCAAUGUGGAGUAUCCUUUCGAUUUGAAUACAUUAGCUGUAUCUGUGGAAAACACGGAAGGAUUCCUGACAUUGUUUGCAGUCGAAGCUUCACUCAAAGCUCGAGAUGUUGGUGGUAUCAUAGAAUUGAACAAAGGAAUUGAUUUGCGACCAUCUUCCACUAAAUCUAGCCAGAGUUUAUUGGCCCGAACAUCACUAUGUCUAAAUGUGAAUAUCAAUAUAAGUGAGAAGGGCAAUCUUCUUGAAGAAAUAGGCAGUGCUUUCACUGCUCAAUUGGAUAAUAUUGAAUCCUUAUGUUUCGUAAUUUCGAAUAAUAGCUUUAUCUUGGGUAGAAGUAAAGGGAUCGAUACGAAGCGACUUAAUGAAGAAAUGCUACAAAUAAGUGGAUAUUUAUCCAGUGGAAGGAAAUUUGUGAAUUUUACGCCACUCAUACCAGUCAAGAAGAAUUCUGAUGACUCUUUACCGAGACUUGUUCCAAUCGUAAAAAUUAGGAAAGAUCUCGCUAUGUUUUGCAACGUGAGAGCGGAGAUAACAUCGGUGGCUGAGGUGCAGUCCGAUGAUGGUCCAGCAGAAAUUCUUACCUUACUACGAAGAGCUUUGAAGCGAAUAGUAUAUCUCACUGGAAGAUGUUUAUAUGAAUUCGUCAACUUUAAUUCCGAACGUUUAAUAAAUAUUAGAUGCGGUGUGUUUUCAACGAACAGUGGAUUACUGUCGGUGGUUUAUCCUGUUAUCGAGGAUGACAUGGUGUUACAUAAACCAAAGGGAAAGAUAUAUAUUAUCAAUGGCUUCUACAAUUACCAUCAUUACAUGCAGGACGGAAUAGAUGACAGUGGCUGGGGAUGUGCUUAUCGUUCUUUCCAGACAUUAUGGUCUUGGUUUGUUCUUCAAGGGGGAUUGAAACUUGAGAGUUUGUACGAUUGUGGCGAUAAAGAUGCGACGUUUGUGGGAAGUCAACAGUGGAUUGGAUCUAUAGAGCUGAGUUACUGUUUGGAAAAUAUGGCUGGUAUUGAAUCACGAGUACUUACGACAAAUUCAGGCACAGAAGUAACCGCAAAUAUGCGUCAGUUGGCACUUCACUUUAAAACAUGUGGUACACCCGUUAUGAUUGGUGGUGGAAUGUUGGCUCAUACGAUUUUAGGCGUCGAUUUCAAUGAAUCAACGGGUGAAUCAUCAUUUUUGGUUUUGGACCCUCAUUACUCUGGCGACGAAGAUUUACACACAAUAAUAACGAAGGGUUGGUGCGGUUGGAAAAUGCCGAGCUUCUGGAAACAAGAACAUUUCUAUAAUUUGCUGUUACCUAUCCCGCCACAAAAUGUCAUUUAA